AGAUAAAAGGCCUUUUUCAUCCUUAAUCACUUUGAAGUUCAAAAAGAUGUCUGCAUGGAAGGAUUGGUCUCCUUAUGCUAAGGGUCCAAAAGAAGAAGGCCCAUUUUCCUGUCUUCAGCAUCUUGUUAUCCAGAGCUGUCCUUUGUUGGUCGGGACAUUGCCUUGUCAACUUGAUCGUCUCAUAAAGCUUGAAAUUCAUUCAUGCCCGCUUUUGAAUAACUCAACCGGUGAGGUUCAUCUUCCAUCUCUCGAUGAGUUAUACCUUGAGGAUUGUAGUAAGGAGAUCUUGAAGAGUUUGUUCAAGCUAACUUCUUUGACGGUUCUCAAAAUUAACAAACUCAGAGAGCUUGUUUCCUUUGAUCAUCGGUUUAUGCGUUGCUUGGGCAAGCUAAAGAAGCUUCACAUAGGAGUGUGUGACAAGCUAACAUGCUUGUGGCAAGAUGGAAAUGAAACGCAAAAUCUCACUUGCCUCCAGGAAUUAGUAAUAAAAAAUUGUCCUCAAUUCAUAUCUUUUGUGGUAGGAGACGGAGAGAUAGAGCUACCUUGUAAUCUUGAAAGGAUGGAAUUGGUGGAUUGCACAAGUUUAGAAAAGCUUCCAAGCAAGAUGCACACACUCAGACAUUUGGUGAUUAAGAAUUGUCCAAAAAUCAUGGCUCUAAACAUUCCUCAAGGUGACUCGAGCAGCAAUAAUUCGAUUUCUCAACUUGAAUCUCUUAAGAUAUGUUGCUGUGAUUCUCCGAUAUCCUUUUCAUUUGCCAAGGGUAGACUUGCUCCUCUGAAGGCACUUGAUAUAUAUGAUUGCAAGGGAGUGGAGUCGUUGGAAGGGAUUGCCGUAGAAUCGCUUGAAACAAUGACAAUUAACAAUUGUCAAAAUCUGGGAAGCUUACCACAGUGCCUUCACAUUUUCUCCCAUCUCACUCGAUUGCAUAUUUAUAAUUGUCCAACAUUGGAGAUAGAGGACUUCCCUCCCCUUCCCGUCACCCUUUCAAGUUUUAAUCUUUUUAAUUGUUCUAAGAUAAAGUCUAUUGCCAACUGUAACAUUGCCAACUGUAACAAUCUCACUGAAUUGGUUAUAUGGGAGUGUCCGGUAUUGGAGAUAGAGGACUUCCCACCCCUUCCCAUCACCUUGCAGAGUCUUGAACUUUGGGCUUGUCCGAUGAUAAAGUCCCUGCCAAAUAAGUGGCAUCAUCUUACCUCCCUCCAAGAGCUAAGAAUUUUAUAUUGCCAAAAUAUCAAAUGCUUCCCCAAAGGAGGUCUGCCUCCCAAAUUGCGAGACCUUGGAAUUAUGGGGCUUGUGGAUCUAAAGCAGCCAGUGAGAGAGUGGGGCUUACACCUGCUCACAUCUCUCGAGAAUCUGAACGUUGAGUUUUAACAUGGGAGGGGAGGGAGAGAAGGAGUGGUUUCCUUCGGAGGAUAAGGAUGCUUGGAGUCUCUUUCCUUCCUCUCUAACCUCUCUUUCGAUAUAUGGUUUGAGAAACACAGAAAGACUAUCGAGCGGUCUCCGCAACCAUCUCUCCUCUCUUCAAUGGUUUUUUAUUAGAGAUUGCCCCAAGUUGAGGUACUUGCCAGAGGAUGGCUUCCCUCCCUCCCUCCAACAAUUGUGGAUAUUUGGAUGCGAGAUUCUGAAAGAGCGAUGCGCAAAACUCACUGGCGACUAUUGGCCCCUCAUCCAAGAGAUCCCUGAGGUUCACAUCGGGUGAAUUGAUUCGUGCAUCUACACUACAGUGAGUUUUCUUAGGGUUCGAAUACCAUUGUGAUCUUGCAUUGGCAGAAUCUCUUGGAAUGAUCACGUGCGAACGCUGCUAAGGCUGCCUACCUUCGGGUUUCCAUCAUCAGCGGUGACCAUGUGGCAUUCUUCCCAAAAGGAGUUCCGAACAAAAUGUUCGAGCUGACAUGGGUUCCUUUGGAGUAACUGGAAAUCUUGUGAUUCAACCAAUUUGUAUCUUGCCUGGUGGUUAGAAAAGCAAAGUUGCAUUUGCCAAGAUAACUUUCAAGCAACCUCACAUAGUUUUGCUUGACGACCCAUCCUAUCAUUUGUAGAACCAAAUGGUGGUCAUAGCUGCUGGUAGCCCUCGUCAUCAUACAUCUAGCAAAUAAUGGAACAGACACCAAUCUAAUUGUUCCAAUGUGGAAAAUAUUCAGAAUAGAGCAAUCUACAAUACCAAAUGGAUUUGGAUGUGGCUGAGGCACUCAUUCAAGGUCUGGUCUUGUUCCAAGGAUUAAUUCUGAUGGUUGGUCAUGAUGAGCAUCUAAUAGCUAGAAGCUUGGAUGAGGUCUGGGUGGUUUCACAAGGCAAGGUGGCACCUCUCCAUGGGAAUUUCUAGGACUAUAGGAAUGUACUCCUAUUUUUAUUGAAUCAGGGAUUUUCAAUCAAAAAGCUUUGAGCUCACUUGUGUUCCUUUGGUAUAAUUGGAAAUCUUGCACUUCAACCAAUGUAUACCUUUUAUGAUACAUUGCCUCCCUCUCUGCUACCGUUGCUUAUGUAAAAAAAUUUUGAAGCAAUUGUUGUAUGACAUUGUGAAGCCCUAAUAGAGGUGCUCAGAAAGGCAAAGUUGCAUUUGCCAAGAUAACUUUGAAAAAGACUCACAUUGUUUUGCUUGAUGAGCCAUCCAAUCAUUUGUUUCUUGUCCAAGGAUGAGUGAGUGCGACUCUGCUGUUUUGCCUAUCCACAACUGGAGGAUUUGGAUGUGGCUGAGGUGCUCAUUCAAGGUCUGGUCUUGUUCUAAGGAGCAGAGAUGCUUAGUCACGAUAAGCAUCUAAUAGCUGGAAGCUCAGAUGAGGCCUGGGUGAUUCCACAAGGCAAGGUGGCGCAUCUCCAUGGAAUUUUUAGGACUAUAGGAAGGUCAUCAUUGAAAAUGAGAAGCUUUCUUUCUCCCAAUUGCUACGGUGCAGAUGGACAAACGGAACUGAUAGCAGAGGUUUGAGUAAGCAAAUGUUACAGCUAAAUUCUGAAUGUCAAAACAUGACGGGGAACGGGAGGGAGGAUCAAUAGCCGUGGCUACCCUCUGGAUGUUUCUUUGAGGACUUGCGUCUGCUAUGAGAUAUUCUGAUUCCGAGAAGAUCGUCACUUAGCAUCACUCAUGAUUAACUCCUUGAAGGGGGCAAGCCCCACCACAUUUACCCCCAUCGAGGUGCUGAAGGUCCAGGACCAUUCACACGUGACAAGAUACACGCACUACCAUUGCAAAUGGUUCAAUCUCGUGAGCUCACAUGUUGAAGAACCUUGAAUUCAGGCAAAUGAAGGGAAUUUGAUCCAAAAAGGAAAUGUGCUACUAUGGCUUCCUUGAUAUACAAUAUUGAGGAAUACUGUUACAUGAGUUCUAUUAUUGGACACUUCUGUUACAUUAUAAAGUUAUUGCCUGCUAUAUGAGGUUUUUGCCAUGACAAUCAUUUCCAUGUUGAGGAGCGAAACUGUUUUUCUACUUCUUCGUCGUCGGACCAUGCUUGAGACACAGUCUCACGAACUACUUUUAGCAGAGACUUUUGAUCUGAAGCUGCUGCGAAUUGAGCUUGAUGUUGACAUUUAUGGAGGAAAGAUUGAGGUUGUCCUGGUAGUCUGUGGCUUUGACCGAGUAGGAUCUGCAGCGAACCAUAACCGCUUCUUCAUUUACGAAUUGAGGGGUCUGAAAAUAUCUGACAUGUGAAGAUGAAGAGGUUCUUGAAGAGGCUUAAUUGUUACAGAAAAUCAUUUCUCCGUGUAUGGAGCUUGAUUCUCUUAAUUGUUACAGAAGAUCUUUUCUCCGUGUAUGGAGCUUGAUUCUUCCUUUUUAGAGACUUGACAUUUUUGGCUCGGUAAUUCAUUAGGAUUCUUGACAUUGGUUAUGAGUAAUUUCGAUAGAGUAUGUAUAAACGAGAAUGAACUCUUAAAAAAGUUUUAGUUAUAAGAUGAUGAUUUGCAAUAUAA